AGUUAAUAAUAUGCCGCCAUCUUAGAAUUCAUCAAUCAUGUCAACAGUGCAUGUACAUGAAUUAAGUAUUAAAACACAAUGCAAUUAAACAAAGCUCAUUUGCAACUUGUCUAAGAAAUAAAUUGCAAGGCAACAAAAACAUUUCCUAACCUCAAAAGAAUCCAAAACUCCUCCAUGAACACAAAAUAGAUAAUGAUGGAACAGUUCCACCUGUCCACUUGAAAACAUGUCGGACAACUGAAGAAAAAGUGGGGUCAUGUGACUAAAAUUCAUAAAACAGCGGGAACUUAUUGCAAUGCUUGACUGGUUGCUACUAAGAAUUGGUCAAAGGGAAGCAACUUCUGAAUAACUUAAGAUCCAGAAUAAUCCACCUUGUUACAUUAACACAAUUGAUAUUGUUGAAAUGCCCCGCUUUAAAUACUUCUCGGAUUAGUAAUGACCCGAUAAGAUAUACUAUCCUAAUCAGUCGUCCCUGUAGCCCAGUGGUAGUGAUUGGCGCAAUUAGUGAUUGGCGCAGUCAGAUCUCAUAGAUCACGGAUGAGUCGCGGACGGAGCAAAAGUUCUUUUUUCCAAAUCGGAAAGAAAAAGUUUUUCUAUCGGUGAAAAAUAAAUCCUUGCAAGGAUGAUGCAACUAUGAUGUCAUUAUGAUGCCAUUGCGAUAAUGCUUUUGAUACAGGUCGUCACACAGUGGGAUUCGGUGAUGAAAAGUCCUGAAAUAUCAGCAAUGCCGUGGAAGACAUGCUCGUUCGUUUUCAUCGGAAUUACUGCAGUAAUUCUAACAUUAUUUUGUAUUCUACAACCAGGUAUAAAUGUCAGAAUAUUCCAAAUAUAUACAACGGAACAGAGAUUGAACCAAGUGACUCCAUUUCAGAAUCCUGGAGAAUUCAGUGAAAGAAAACUGCAGAAAAGCUCUAUACAGCCAGUAAUGGGAAAUGUUGGACAUGAAAAUAGUACAAAAAUUACAUUCGAGCAAAUAAACAAAAUUCAAGAAGAGGCUAAAAUGCAUAGCGUCGCUGAAGCUAUGAAAACACGAUUUCAAGUUUUACAAGAAAAAUGUGAAAAACACCUGAAAAAUCUUUCUUCUUUUGGGAUCAAAGGUUCCAUUUAUUCCAUUCAACAGAAAAUAAAUUAUUGUGAAACUCCAAAAGUCGGAUGUACAUUUUGGAAGUCUGUGAUGCGAUUUCUGGCAGGAGAUUAUCCAACAGGAAGACAGAUCCAAAAACCGUCCGAUAUUGACCGAGCUUUUGUUCAUUCUGGUCCGUGGAAAAAUAUAAAGCGAUAUGGGAACGAUGCUGUAAAACUAGGGGUUUUGUCGACAGGAUACAACAUUAUGUUUGUUCGUGAACCUUAUUCAAGACUAUGGUCGGGUUACCUUGACAAAUUUUAUUUACCCGAUUUCUGGCAAAGAUACGGACCAAUAUUCAGACAUACAAGCAAAAAAGAUUGCAUUCAGAACAUUUCAUUCGAAGAAUUUUUAACCUUUAUAGCAGAAAAUCAUCAUGCUACAUCGGACAUGCACUGGACUCCGUUUUACCAGUUGUGUAACCCGUGUCACGUGAAAUAUGACGUCAUUGGUAAAAUGGAGACGUUCAGCAAUGACAGUAAAUUUAUUCUUAACAAGCUAGGACAUGACAUGUUAGUAGAUGAUAAACAGAACAAUUCGAAAUCAAGAGCGAAAGAGGAAAUUCGUUCGCUUUCUAAAUACAAUUUCAGUUUCAAAAACAACAGUUGUUUCUUUCACGAAGUGAUUGCAAAAAGGUUGUGGUCGGUCUUUCAGAUGAAUGGCUAUAUUCAAAAGAAUAUACCCUUUCCGCUUGAAAUGUUUAGUGAUAAGAAUUUUUAUUUAGGCUCGGAUAAUACAACCUCAGUGUUUAUAAAGUACGCUUUUAAAGCAUUAGACAGUCAGACAGUUUCAGAUCAUGACCUGAAAGAGCAAAAACAUCAAUACAUGAUAGAUGGAUACAGUACAAUACCAAUGCCCCUACUGUACAGAAUUCAGAAACAAUUUCAGAUCGACUUUGAAUUGUUUGGCUACAACGCAGAGCCUGCUGAGAUAUUUUCGCGUCAGUUUGUGCAACAUUACAUGAUAACAAUAUAGCAGGCUUAGCAGCUGGUAUUGUUAAUGAAAUGUAACACAUUAGGGCCUUUUGGUUUCAGAAAAAAUAAAGGUUUUUCCCCAUAUAAGUCAAUGUAAAAACUGUUGGCCCCGGGUCAACGACAAUAUUGACAUGGUCAUGGUUUAAACAAACUUGAUACUUGACUACUAGACAAUACUAAAUACCAAAUAUCUAAGGACUUGGCAUUGUGGUUCUGGACAGGAAGAAUUUUAAAGAUGUUUUCCUAUAUAAGACAAUGUAAAACAAGAGACCCCCGGGCGUGGCAUAAAUUUACCCCAGGGUUUUAAACCACUAGAACAUACCACUUACUAAAUAUCUAAGCUUUAGGCUUAAUGGUUAAAGAAAGAAUUUUUAAAGGCCCUUAUCCUAUUCCAGGGGGAUAAUAUAAACACUACUUUAGUAGGCAAUGUUGUUUUUAACUAGCUUUCCAUGUAGAAGUCUAUAUAAACAAUGUGACCCCCGGGACAGGGCCAUAUUUGACCCUAGUGAUAUAAUUUAAAAACUUUUUGUAAAGGCAACUAUGCUACAUAUCAAAUAUAAAACCCAUAGGCCCUGUGAUUUUGUACAAGAAGAUUUUCAAUGUUUUUCCCUAUAUAAGUCAUACCACCCCGCCCCCGCAAGAAAAGCAGCACGUUAAGGUUUUUUUUUGUCGUAUCGGCGACACAAGCAAAAUCAAAAGUGCGGCUACGACACGGCAUUGUUUUCUGUCGUGUGUUGAACCCUUUUUUGCCAUGUCCUUUUGCUUGUGUAGGCGCUGCGCAAUAAUAACAGGACACAAUAAAGUAGCAGUCUGUUGUACUGACGUGCUGGCACGGGCGAUACGCGACAACAAGAAGUCAUGACGAAUUCUGUAGUUGUUUUUUCUUCUGGUUGACAUGCAAAGAAGGCCUAUAUGGCCAACUAAGUGUCACUAUGUAAAAUAACUUUGUUCGUGUGCCACAUUGAACGUUGCAAAGGAUACUAUCUUUGCUCAGUGGAGUAUAUUGCAACGUGUAUUGACCUUCAUUUACCUGCAUUAUUGAAAAAAAAACAUACUGUGUAGUUACAUUUCGUGUGUCAGCCGGGAGGCCAAAUAGCGAUAAAAUAAGCUUUUGUCGUGUCUUUGUGUCGUAGCGUUCAUGGUCCAGCGAGCACGAAAACAUGACACUAUAGGACACUAAAACAUCAGAAUACUUGUCAUGUCGACGCUCUUCUUUUAUUGUGUCCUCUUGCUGUUUUGUCCUUAUGUUGUCGUUCUGGCAGGGCACCAACAUGACAAAACGACAAAUAUAUUUAUCGUGCUGUCAUGUUGUCGUUUUUCAGACCAAUAGCUGUCGUACGUGUGUCAUAAUUUUAUGUCUUAAUGACUAUGUAACAAUGUUUAGUGAAAAUGAUAAGCUUAUGCAUAACCCUGCAUGAUGUAAAUAUUUGUAAGUUAUUAAUUUUGUAACGAGAAAUAUGCACGAAUUCUGCAGGAGAAUAAUAUUGCGCAAAUUAAGGAGCGCAAUAUUAUUCUGCUGAAGAACAGUUGCCUAUUUCUCGGUCCAGUUUUCAUAAUCAUUUUUUACAUAGAUAUCUACAAAUAUCGAUUCAUACCAUUAUUAUUUUUUGUUCAUUUACCUGAUUAAAAUUGGCAAAACUGGCGUAAACAAUUACGGGAUAUUUGUUUAUUUACUUGUUAGAUUAUAAUAUAUUUCACCAAGUGUAUAUAAUAGGCAAUUUUUUCAAGAGUGAUCUCGAAAAUGGAGUAACAUUUUUGCCUUCAGAGCAAAUCAAAGGAAAACCAAAAGUUACAAACAUGACGGUCGUAAUCAAGUCCAUAAAAUCGCACUUCGACACUGUCCAUAGCUAGACAAAUGGAGUUAAUUAUAGCAGAUUUCGUCCACUUGAUACAAAUAGGUACCAAACGCUUUGGAUAGCUCUUAAUAUCAUGGGGUGGGGGAAAUAAAAAUUACAUGUAUCGAAAAACUUGAGUAGGUGACCUGCCAAUUUUAUUUGUCAUUUAGAUUCGGUAUACAUUUUAAAACCGUUUAUCGAAACAAA